AUGGCAGCGGCAAUCAAGCGCUGCCGCUGGCUGCCGUGCGCGCCCGCCGACCUCAGCACAGAGGAGCAGACCCUUGCGGGCGUGCCCGCCGUGCUGGCGCUAUGGAGCGGCGACGCGCAGAGCUUCAUGCUUGCCGUGGGCGACGUCGUGCGGCAGCCAGGGACGAGCGAGAUGGCUGGCUUCACAGACAAGCUCACCGUCCCACAUACCGGCGGCUUCAGCGACCUGCAGGCCGCGCGGCUCGGGGACAGCGUCGUCGCGGCGACGGCCUCCUCGGACGGCCGCAUCAACCUGCUGGUGCUGCACCUUCCCGGCCACCCAGGGGCCAGCUCGGCAGACUUGCAGGUCCCGCAGCCCGGGGCGGACGGCAGCUGCCUGGCGGCGAUGCCGUGGGCGCACACGGGGCCCGCCGCUUCGGUUGACAUCAACGGGGUGACGCGGAGCGUGCUGUCGGUGGGCCAGGACGGAGCCAUCUACGUGGCGCCUGUUGAGGCUGCGCGGCAGCAGCGGGAAAAGCAGCAGCAGCAGCAGCAGCAGCAGCAGCAGCAGCAGCAGCCAUACAGGCGGGGCGCCGGUUUCUCGGGGUACACCCAGGGCCGGUGGGUCGACAGCAACACAUUCGUCACGGCCGGGCUGGUCGGCGGCCUCGAAUUGUGGGACCUCCGCCGCGGCGGCGCCGCGCCCGCCGCCGCAUCCCCGCGCGAGUGGGGCCGCACCGGCUGCGCCGCCGCCGACGCCGCCGGCGGCGCGGCGCGCCGGCUGCUGUCCCUGGACGUCCACCCCUCGCGCCCCAACCUGUGCGCCAGCGGCGGGAGCAGCGGCGCGGUGGCUCUGUGGGACCUGCGGAUGACGGCGGCGCCCGCGGCGGCGCCAGCGCUCGGCGGCGGCGGCGACGUCUGGGAGGUCAAGUUUGACCCCUUGGAGGCGUUUGGGGGCGGCGCGGCGGCCGCGGACGGCCUGCCGCCGCUGCUGUUCUGCACGGGCAGCGGCGAGCUGUGCCGGACGGGGGGCGGCGCUGGCAAGGCGCGGUGGGGCGGCGGCGGGGAGGAGCAGCGGGCGGGGGGCCGGGGGUUGCAGGCAGAGGUGUUGCUGCGGGAGGCGUGCUCCAUCAACAGCUUUGACGCGGCAUUGGGCGGAGGGGACCUGAUGGCGGUGACCGAUUUCGAGGGCUUUGUGUUUGCAGCGCGGCCGCAGCAGUAA